AUGGGGUAUGUCUCUCUCUCGGGCGCAAGGCACCACUUUGGCGUCUCGGGGAAGACUCUAUACCGAUGGGAGGCAUCUGGCAAAGUCACAGUCAAGAGGAGCCCAGGGGGCAGGCGACUCUUCCUCAUCGACGACCCGCUGGCUCAGGCCGAGCCAAGGAGGGAGUCGGUCGUCUACGUUCGGGUCUCGAGCGGCAAGCAACAGGACGACAUGCGACGCCAGGAGGCGUAUCUACUUGACCAACAUCCCGGAUCCAAAGUUGUCAGGGACAUCGGCUCGGGCCUCAACUUCAAGAGAGCGGGACUUCUAUCCCUUCUGGAACGAAACACGGUGUCGAGCUCGUGGUUUGCGACAAGGCAGAUAAGUCACCGGAGGCGGAGCUGGCAGAGGACGUGCUCGCCACCAUUCGAGUUUUCGGUCGUCGAUGGAACGGCAAGCGAAGAUAUGCCAACAGACGCGCCGGUGAUAAGAACCAGGAAGAUCCGCCUGCUACCGAACAAGGCACAGAAGAAGCUCCUGGAUCGGUGGAGACACGCCGCGCGAUACAGCUACAAUAAAGCGGUGUUCCUCAUGAACGAAACGGCCAGCUACAACAAGCUGUACCUCCGGAACCUCAUCACACCCGCGGAAGUCAACAGGGACAAACCAUGGCUCCUCGAGACCCCGAAAGACAUCCGAGCGGGAGCCGUGUUCGAGGCCGCCAAGAACGUGAAGGCGGCGAUCACGAUCCUCACCAGGAACAACAUCGAGCACUUCAGUAUGGGUUACAAGGGCAGGAAGAAGGAAGACGGGCACGGCUGGACGAUAGACGUACCCAAGAGCGCGCUGAGAGUGCGGGGGUUCCGCCGCUUGCAGGUGUUCGGAGACUACUGUCCGUGGGUGUUCGAGACGCUGUCCCGUAUUGGACCGCUCGCAAUGGACUGCAAGAUCCAAUACGACGGGGUCAAGUACUUCCUGAUCGUGCCGUACGAGAGACAUGUAGUCCCACCGCGAAGGGAGGGUGUGGUCGCGCUAGAUCCGGGAGUGAGGACGUUUCAGACCGCCUACACACCCAAGGGAAACUGCUACGAGCUGGGCAAGGGGUGUUGUAGGAAGCUGGAGGCCCUCUGCGUCCACCUGGACAGGCUGAUAUCGAGGGAGAGCUCCGUGCCCAAUCGAUUGCGGAGGACGAAGUGGGCACUGAGGACGCAGAUGAAAAAGUUGCGGCGGCGGUUGCGGGACCUGAGAAACGAGCUGCACUACAAGACCGCGGAAUACUUGACGAGGACGGCAAACAUCAUCCUCCCUCCCACCUUCGAUACUAGAAACAUGACUCGAAGAACGACCAGACGGAUACGGAGCAGGACGGUGCGGAAUCUGUCACUCCUGUCGCACUACAAGUUCAAACAGCGGCUGAAAGCCAAGGCCGCCGUACGGGGGGUGAGAGUCAUGGAGGUCAGCGAACACUACACGAGCAAGACGUGCGGGAGGUGCGGUCACAUGCACGAGAUGCUGGGAGGGAGGAGAGUGUUCGAGUGCCCGAGGAUGGACCACCUCAACGACGCCAUGCAGACACUCGGGCUCUCUUGGCCGAGCAUCCCGCUAGCCCAGGACGACGCGGCGGAGUACGUGCGCAACGGUCGGACGGGCGAGGGCGCUCUGCUGGGAAAACUCUUGAGGCACGCCGCCCUCAACGAGUUCCUCGCCGGCAAGAUACACGGCGACGCGCAUACAUUGGACGCGUGCCGGUCGUACGUCCAACACGGGGGCGAACUCGCUGAGCUCAUCGAAGUGGUACGGAUUCACGAGUUCUUCCGAGUGCACGUGGGCUGCAGUAAGAUCGAGGACAGGGAGCGCGCACUGUACGGUUGGAUGUGUAAGAACAGCGUAAUCAGGGAUCUUAGAAUUGACGCCUAG